ACAAAUUUCCACUAAAGGAAAAGGCAUAAACAAAUUCGAAAAACAAAACCCAACAAUCACAAAAACGACAACUCAUCAAGUCAAAAAACCUUGACAGAAUAAUGUUAUUCAAAAUUUAAAAUUCUGCUACAAAACAAAACAAUAUUAUAGUAUAUUUUUUCUCAAAAAAAAAAAAAAAGUUUUUUACUUUUAUAAAACCUUGGUUUCUCCGUCUUUCUUGGAGAAACCUCAAUACAUGUUGUUUACCAACAUAACAGACUUUAUCCACCACACUCUUUUUUAGUUUUAUUAUUAUUAUUUUUAUUAUUUGAAUCUGAUUAAUUAAUUAAUCAUCAAUUGAUUACAAUUACCAACUAUGUUUAUAACCCUUUCAUUCAAUUCCUCAUUUUCAUUUGAGUUUUUUGAGCUCUUCAAUGGCCAUUCCUUCUUCAAUCUCUGAUCCCUUUGCUUCCAAGUUUCUACCUUCUUCAAUCUCUGAUCCCUUUGCUUCCAGUUAUCAACCAUCAAGGAUCUCUGUUCCUGUGAAAAUUGAGCAAACCCAAUUGACAACAUUAAGGAGAAGUCAUUGUUCUACUUUAAAGGCUUCAAUGGGGUCUCCAGGAUUCACCCAGCAACUUAACAACAACAAGUUAGAGACUUUAGCCGAUGUUAAAGACGACCGUGGUGAUAUAUUUAAUGAUCUAAAGGAUAGAUUCUUAAGUUUUAAGAAGAAUGUAUACAUGGCAAACCCUGAACAGUUUGAAAAUCUUGCCAAGGUUCAAGUGCCAAAGUUCAUGGUUAUUGCCUGUGCAGAUUCUAGGGUAUGUCCUUCAAGUAUUUUGGGAUUUCAACCAGGAGAAGCAUUCACAAUUCGCAAUAUUGCUAAUUUGGUUCCGACCUUUGAGAGUGGACCCUCGGAAGUAAACGCUGCAUUAGAAUUCUCCGUAAACACUCUUCAGGUUGAGAACAUCUUGGUCAUUGGCCACAGCUGCUGUGGUGGUAUACGCGCCCUUAUGGGUAUGGAAGAUGAUGGCAAUACAAGCUUUAUAAAAAGUUGGGUUACUAAUGCGAAGAAUGCAAGAGUAAAAACCAAGGCUGCUGCUUCCAACCUCGAUUUUGAUGGCCAAUGCUCACAUUGUGAGAAGGUAUCAAUUAAUCAUUCCUUAGUAAACCUACUUACGUAUCCCUGGAUCAAAGAAAAGGUGGAGAAGGAAGAACUCUCUAUUCAUGGUGGUUACUAUGACUUUGUUAAUUGUUCAUUUGAGAAAUGGACAUUGGACUACCGGGGAACCAAACUAGAGGAAAAUGGAAGAAUUGCUAUAAAAAAUAAAGUAUUUUGGUACUGAGUUUUUAUUUCUGUUUUACUGAUUGAUGUGCCAAUUUGCGUGUCUAAAAUUCUUACUUUUAGGACUUUAAAAGUAUAGAUUAAAUAAUGUACUUUUGUACAAUAUCCAUAAAUUUUUUGUAACUUAAGUUGUUUGAGCAAACAACAACAAUUUCAUGUGUAUGUUUAUUUGUACUUUCUGAA